AUGGGAAAAGAGCUGACAGAACCAAAAGGGAAGCCAUUAGCAGCAAUCAGUUUUUUAGGCCGGUAUAGGCCAGGGCGGGCCAGGACACGGGCCAAACCUGCUGGACCCACGCAGGUCGCGAGCCAGGUUGGGUCCGCAGGGCAGAAACGCAGCCUACGUUUAUCGGAGGAGCACGGCUCUUCCCUAGCUCGACGCUCGACUUCUGCAUUUUCUACCUCUGACCUCGGCGGCUCGGCGGAUUGCGUUCACCGGCAGCUGAAUUCCGGCGUCAACUCAUCGAAGACGACCAGCCACCACUCAGCCCUCCAAUUUAGAAGGUUACUACGUGCCAUUGGUUCCUGCAAUAAAUCCUCCGCACCAUUUUCUCUAUGCAAAGGUAGGGCAUUUUCUCAGUUUCCUUUGUCUGGAAAGUCACAUUGUUUGAGGGGACUUCGUGGUUGUGCUUAUGGGUAUAACUUCAAUUCGGUGUGUUCUCCAGCACUAGAAAAGGCAACAUUUAGUUUUUACCAAAGGUAUUCCUCUUCUGUAUUGACCCCCAAUUCAAGUGAAGGCACAUUUCCGCCACACUUGUUGUCGUCCAAGCAUGUGCUGGCUCCUGACAGGGAAAUGGGUCUCUAUCAAGACUUGGUGAUUCCUGUUACAAAUUUUCACAAUGAAAAUAAAGGCUUCAUGGUAUUGGCUGGUGACGUUUUUGACGUGCCAAUCAGGAAAGAUAUCAUCCAUCGUGUCGUAAGAUGGCAGCUUGCUAAACGGCAGCAGGGAACUCACUCGACCAAAACUAUAAGUGAGGUUAGUGGGACCGGAAGGAAGCCUUGGCGGCAGAAGGGUACAGGACGAGCAAGGCAUGGGACAUUGCGUGGCCCACAGUUUAGGGGCGGUGCUACUAUGCACGGCCCAAAGCCACGUAGUCAUGCUAUCAAGCUAAACAAAAAGCUUAUAGUCUUUGAGGAUUUGGAGGUUCCUUCACACAAGACAAAGAACGUAGUUAACUAUGUUCAACAAAUGGAGAACGCAAAGAAGCUCCUGGUCGUAGAUGGUGGACCAAUUAAUGAGAAGUUGAAAUUGGCUACCCAGAAUUUGCAUUAUGUCAACGUGCUCCCUUCAAUUGGUCUAAAUGUUUACAGCAUUCUGCUGCACGACACACUAGUAAUGUCUCGUGAUGCAGUGAAUAGCAUAGUCGAAAGAAUGCACACCCCAAUCAAUCGCUAAUUGGAGUUUCUCAAUGUCGGCAUCUCGGUAGAUUUUCCCUUUGUCCAUCUCUGCACGAGUUGAAUGGAAAUGUCUUUUCCUAAAUUGUUCAAUUCAGCUUUUUUGCUAACAUGAAAGUCAAGUGUUGCUUGCUGGUGAAAAAUGUUCGGUUUUGUUGGUUUUGCUUUUUCUUUGCGCGCAUGAAAAUUUAAGGGUUGCAAUUAAGAAUCAAUCGACUACUGAAUAAUUUUUUGUGCUAUUGAUUGAAUUCCAUGACGAUGAUUAUAUGAAGUUGCAGAUUAGUUGUAUUA